AUGCGUAGUGGGGUCGUUUCCUCUUUGGAGAGGUUGGACUACACCAUUUCCGUUGAACACCAUAGCGGUAGCGGCGGCGGCGGCUGUCAGUUUGCCCCCAUCGCCACGCAACAGCGAAGAUCGUCGGUCACGCAGGUUUCACUGCGGAUGAAUUUGUUCUUGGCGUUGACCGUGUUACAUUUGCUCCUUGCGGUGCCCAUAGGCUCUGGGCGGUCGCUGGGCAUCGACGCGGCGGCAGCUGGCGCAAGGGGCAGCUUAGGCGAGACCCGCGUCAGCUUCAAGGGCUGGAGCGCCACCGCAGUAAAGAUGAACAACACUGGCAUUCUCCCCUCCGCUGUUACAUUGGGGCGUUAUUUAGUAAUCAUUGGCGGCUCUGCCAUUGUCCCGCCAUACACCCCGGCGUUGGUGUUUUUGCGUCAAUGCGCCCUUUCAACAAUCAAUGUGGUGGAUGUAACGACGGGGACACUCGUGCUGCCGUGGAUGCUCCUACACAAUGAGUCAGCCGGGGUUGAUCAUACUGCGCCAGGUCCCCCUGCUCCCCCACCAUCGCCGCCGCCGCCGCCGCCGCCUCUACCACCGCGUGCCCCCGCGCAACUGACGCUGCCUGCCGUUGGGACUGCAAAUACAGUUCGGCUUGGCCCGGCAGCGUACGUCAUAGGUUUUUGCACAAUGAUUCCUAGUAAUGUGAUGGUAAAUCGGGACGGCGAAUUUCAUGCCUUUCUCCGCUCUGUGCAAGAGCUGCGGCUGUAUCAGGAGGAGUUUCCUCCUCUGGAUGAUGUCACAAUGGAUAUACGGAACACAAGUCUCCCAGAGGAGGCACUGCUGCGUUUCAAUGCCAGCUGUGUCGGGAGCGGUGAGGAUAUCAUCUACAUUGUUGGUGGGGUCUCCCUGGAGAAGAUGGUGCCAUUGGCCUCUGUGUCUCAGUACAAUGUGGUCACGGGACAAUUUGUCGAAGCGGGGUUGCUCCUUGACGAUCCGAUUGUUGCACCUGGUGUCUUUGAAAGCAGCGGUCUCGUGUUUAUUGCCGGUGGCUACCGGGAAACCGCGCAGGGUGGUCUCGUGCUCAGUCGCAUGGUGACUGUCAUUGACCCCUCGCUGGUCAAGACGAACAUUGGCAGCUACGCCGAUGCGUGGGGGCCCGAUUGGCUCUCACCGCAGCUUAUGAUGUAUAACCACACACUCGCCGUGAUGGGGGCUACGAAUGACCGCUCCUUCGAUCGGCAAGAAGUAUGGAAAGAUCUCCUGAACCUGUACGAAGUCGUGGAAGCCGUGCCCAUUCACUUCCCACCGCUGCGCAGCAACGCCGCCCUGUUGUCCUUGACCGACGUGGGCGGCGUCACUGCCUAUCUCGUCGGCGGCCAAAUCCCACCGCCGGACGGAGCGGGCAUUUCGUUUGACAUUUUUACCGGAAGGAUGCUUGUUGACGAUGGACACGUGGCGGUGAGCGUCGUUGGGUUUCAUUACAUUUCCCUCGCGAAGGACACGUGGGAGGUGGCGGCGCAGAGGGAGCCGCAACGCACGGGGCAUCAAAUAUUUAUGAAGGAUGAGAAGACAACGCCCCCCAGCGGGGCCUACAACCGCGCGAGAGACGAGGCAGAGGCGGGGGUAGCCGAAGAAGAGGGGCACGGAGAGGAAGCGGUGGCGAAUUCGCCUUCGUCCAUGCAAGCGGGGGAUUCUGAGGCCGUGGAAACGCACACGCCCUCGCAUUCGUCGGGUACUACGCCAAGCAUCACACCAACCAUCACACCAAGCGUCACACCAAGCAUCAGUCCGUCCAUAACGCCAACGCCAACGCCGCCACCGCCGCCACCGCCGCCACCGCCUCCUCCCAAAGACUUGCCAAACAACGACGGCAACAUCACCGUCUUGGUGAACGGGUAUGAGCCUUUGUGGUACAACUUUACGUUUAACAUCCUACUCUCCGAGAGCUUGGCACAGGCCUGUCCUGGCCUCAUCCAACCCAGUAACUACGCGACAGACACCCAUCUCGAUCGCGUAUCGCCGUGUCUGCUACGUCUCUCUGAGUCGCCCACGUGCAAUUCGCGUCUUCUGGACAUUGGUAACCUGUCCUCUGCCAACACACGGCCGUACACCGUGGAUGAGGUGGAUCCACAAACAAAUACUGUUUCAAAGAAAACAACGAUGGCGGUGGGACCUGUAACACUUAUAGGUUCCCUCGUAGACGGCAUCGUUAACCUUACUGGAGAUGGAACAGGCUCCGAUGGCUUCAGUGAUGCUUACGCCUUUGGGGAACAGCAUUGUCGCCGUCGCCACCGCCGCCCAGUGCCCGUUUACGGAAACAAUACAGCGAGAACAUUUUAUGAGCAACGCUUUUUGUAUGUAUGCUUCUCGAGUGGGGCCUUUGUUCUGCCGCAGUGCGAGCGUGGCGUGAAUACGGCGACAUGGGACGGAGAAAAGGCUGGAAAGAAACCCUGCACCACUGCCUUUUACACUGCGUUGAAUGCUGAGAAGCCAUUUGUUCUUUCCCCCGUCACAAAUUGGGUGCCUGAUGCGACGACGACGACCACGCUGCCGCCCUCCCCAGUACCGAAUAAAGAAAUGUCCUACGGCAGUAUCGCUGCGCUGGUGAUAUCAACUUUUGUUGCCAUGCUUCUUGUCUCGGCUGGGUUGUUCCAACUCGUGAAGCAGAACAGAGCAAUGGGCGCUGUCGAGGCGGAGCGACGGCGUUUACUCUUGCAAUAUGGCGAUGAUGAAGAUGAAAACGGUGAUGGCCGUGGCGUGGGCCGUGGUGCCGCCCUCACUGCGCAUCAAAAGCAAAGCCUGCUGGAUGGCAAGUACCGCGUGCUGCAUCGUCUUGGGAGAGGGAGUUUCUCCGUCGUCUACCUCGUGGAGCGGGUGGCGGAUGGUCAGCGAUUUGCGCUGAAGUACCUCCAGUGUGCGGAUGACGUGGAUCGCCUAGAGGCUAUGCGGGAGUGCGAGGUUGCCUACACUCUGCAGGGACACCCCAAUGUGAUUCGUCUGGUGGAUAUGUUCAUGUCAUACCGCUUUGACACAGAUCUGCACGCUGGUGGAGGGUGGCAACAGAGUUCUGAGCACCAAUUGAACUCCCCGAAUGGGUCCGUCAUGGUACGUGUGGAUGACGGCAGUGAAAUUCCUCCUGCCUGUCCUCAACGUGGCGCGGUGGCUGUGACGAACCCGAGCGAGCGGUACCUCUCGCUUGUUAUGGCGUAUCACGAGAAGGGGGAUCUUGGGAAGUGGAUUAGGCAGCAGAAGUCAGAGCCGAUGAUUCCAGAAACAACCAUCAUGAGUGUUGCCUUUCAGAUCUUAACAGUGUUGCAGUUUAUGCACCACCGUGAACCCCCCAUCAUUCACCGCGACUUGAAACCGGAAAAUAUCCUGCUUGAAUCCGACACCGCGCGCGGCCAGCGGUGGAAAGAGGGCCGUGGACCUAACGGUAGCGCGGAGCCUCUGCGAAUUGUCAUUACAGACUUUGGUCUCUCACGUGUGAUGGACAAAACGUUUUGUGAAACAGGGGUUGGCUCCCUCCCCUACGUGGCGCCGGAGUGUUGGCAGCGGCGCUACUCGACAAAGGUGGACAUAUGGGCUACAGGAUGUAUUCUUUAUGCGGCCUGCGCAAAGCGUGUGGAGAGUGACAAUGUGAAGGUGAUGUUUAGCGAGUGCAGUCGGCCAGAUUUUAAGAAGAAGCUGAUUAAUGAGUUAACACAGGUGUAUGGAUACAGCCUGGCACUGGCGGCCUUCAUUGUGUAUUUGCUUGAGCCGGAUCCUGUGCGUCGCCCGAGCGCCGAAGAGGCGCUGCGGCUCAUUCGCAAGCGACGAAAAGGUGUCAUGGGCGUCAAUGGCGAGAGCGUCAUGGUGGCUCUCUACAAGGACAACGACGACGAUAGCGAGGACGAGGGCGUGGGCAACAACAACAACAGCAACAAUGACGCUGAGGGAAGUGAUGACGCCGGUGCGGAGGGCCGUAGUCGUGGCGGGCAGGCCGUCAGCAGCCGCGGCCACGGCGGGAGGAGUCUCCCCGGCUCCCUCCAACUGGGCAGGAACGGCGGCGUCGGAAACCGUCCAUCGCCCACGGCGCCCCCGUCCGUUGGCGGGGGCCAGACACCAGAAAAUCUGGCGACACCCACACCCACCGCGGCCAACGCGGUUCCGCCGCGGGAGGACGCAGUGAGGCCCGACGGCAGAGACCAGCAGAACAUGGGAAGUGACCGCAGUGGCGCGGGUGGUGCCGUGGCGACGACGCGCGCCGACCGUGACGCGUCUGUGCACCCCCCACCGGGAGCAGCCACUUCACGCGGCACCUUACAGAAGAGCAGCUUUGGUCGCUAUUCACGCCCGGAGUCGAGUCAGGGAUAUUCCCAGCAGCAACACUCAUUCAACGCGGCCGACGGACCCCUCCGCGAGGAAAACGCACCCGACCUUUCACGCGUUUCUAACGCGGCCGCCAACAAGAAGGAUCGGCGGCGCCGCAAGCUAGAAAAAUACUUUGAGGCCAUAGUUGAGGACAGUGAACAGUGCGACUUCUUCGUUGCACGGGAGUCCCAGUCUUUGCUUUCGCUCUCGGUCCCAGCGACGCUUAGAGGAUCUGGCGCACUGGGCGUAACGGGGGACAGGGAUCCAUCGCCGCUGCCCUUAGCACUGCCACCAGCAGCUGCGGCCGAGUCCAGCCUGCGGAGUGCGGAGAACGUUGACGGCAAGAAUAGGAGCCCGGAGGCUGUGUCCAUGGAUUGCCUCAGUGUGGAAGUGCUUUCGACGGAGACAUCUGAUGGGAGGCUGUCAACGACGAAGAAAAGGGGUCCUGCCGCUCCCUCCCGUGGUUAA